UUAGAAAUUAAAGGAUGGAUUAAAAUUAGAAGAAGCGAAGCAAUAUAAUACUCCGUACAUCCAUGAAAGAUUCAGAAAAAUCUGAGAACAGAUUUCGAUCAUAUUAUUCAUCAAUAUUUUCUAAUUAAUAAAGCAGCUAGAUUUGAGUGAUAAUGACCGAAGCUUCUACUUCUACUCGCUGUGCAGCUUGCAAGAAAUUGAGAAGGAAAUGCACAUCAGAUUGCAUAUUUUUGCCAUAUUUUCCUCCCACCGAUCCUCAAAGAUUUGCUUUUGUUCACAGAAUCUAUGGUACCAACAAAGUUGGAAAGAUGCUUCAGGAAGUGGAAGAGGAUGAGCGAGGAGAUGUUGCAGAGUCGCUGUAUUACGAGGCACGAUGUCGGGUGAAUGAUCCCGUCUACGGCUGUGUAGGAAUCAUCUCUCUUCUGCAACAGGAAAUCGCCCGAUGUGAAUCGCAACUAGCACAAGUUGAGGCGCAGAUCCACCUCCUCAAGGCCGCCGCCGCCGCUCAAGGCGGCAGCAGAAGCGGCGUUGCGCCGCAGAAUCCUCAUCCGCCACAACUCUCAUAAUCUACUCUCCCCCCGACUAGAGAUCGAGAUUGAUCCACAACAGCGGCUACUCCAUGUAUUUUUAAACCAGGCUGGGAUCCGAUUUUCAGAUGUGAAUACGGCUAGUGAUGGUUAGUGUUGGUUUGCAACUGCUUAAAAAAAGCACUUAUCAGUUUUUUACUUAAAAAAACAUUUAUUUUAUCAAACACUACAAACUUUUAUUUUUCUCGGUUUUCGUGUUAAAAGUGCCUUUAUUUUUUCUAUGACACAAAAAACACUUAUUUUACCAAACACUACCAAUUUUUACUUUUCAACAUCACUUUUUUC